AUGCGCAUCCCCAUCCGAGAACAGCUCGCCGGCUUGAUCCUGCUGGCCGCCGCCAUAGGCCUUGCUGUCAUAUCCAUAGCGACAUGGUAUACCAGCCACAAUUUCAUCCUCGAGAUCCGCACCACCAGACUUUCCCUAACCGCGUCGCUCAAAGCAGCUCAGAUCGCUUCUAACCUGGCCCUCAUUCAAAACAGUGUCCAGCUCGUCGCCAGUCGACUGGUUAUGCAGAAUGCGCUUAGAAGGUACAACUUACAAGGAAACAACACUGCCGCCAACUGGGCUUCGGCUCAAUCAGACUUUAAUGCUGCUAUCGCCGGUCCUGCUUCGGGCGCCGUCGGUCAGGCUCUCAUGUUGCAGGGCAAGAUAUUCCCACGAGAUGCCGACGGUCCCAAUGGCCGCUACUCGGUCCUGAACUCUACAUCGGAGAACCUCGAGACGAUUCUCCUUCCCUACAAGGCACCCAAUGGCAGUGACGUAUACCUAAGCGACACCGACUACGGCUAUCCUACCGAGCUCUACCCCAAUCUGACCUACUUUUCUGUUCCCAUCAACAACACCUACCGCGAGUCACGCGCCAUCUACAACGGUCAAGUCUUGCAGGCUCCCAACUCUACCCUGCUUUUGGGUCCUUAUACCAUAAACGACACUUUCAGUCUCUUGUCUCUUACCAUGCCCGUAAUCAACAACACUUCAGCCAUUGAUGUCCUUGGUUGGUUGACCAUCGUCUGCGAUGCUCGUCUAAUUGGCAGUGUUAUUGGCUCUGCUGAAGGGCUUGGAUCCACAGGCUUGACCCUAAUUGUCGGCCCUGACAACACUACCAACCAUUUCCCUCAAGGGUUACUCUACAACUCUAUUGACAAUGGCACAGUCGACCCUGCUGAUGUCCGGGGUCAUUACAUCUGGCCUCUACCGGAUCGCUUCACAUACCGUCAUCCUGGAUCUUCUGGUACUCUUGACGCUCCAUCAUUCCCCAUCACAAAAUACCCAGCUGUCGUCACCGCUUUGACCGAAGACCAAAAUUCCAUCGGGAACGCAGGGGGUCUUAUUAGCACUCGCGAUGAGGCUGGCAAAGGAGUGUCUGUUGGCUUUGCCAUUCCUGAUACCGCACUCGUCGAUUGGGUUGUGAUAGUUGAGCAAGACAAGCGAGAAGUCUGGCAGCCAAUUCGUCAUUUGCGUAAAGUACUCUUGACCUGUAUCUUCUCGGUUCUCGGCGGUGUAAUACUUUUCGCAUGGCCACUUGCCCACUUUGCGAGCGCACCGAUCCGAAGACUUAGGGAGGCUACGCGCAGAUCUGUGGUUCCCAUGGGAUACUCGGAGAGUAAUUACAGUCGGGAUUCCCAUCAUAUGUUCAACGACAUUGACGGGGACGGAAGCAACGAUGAGCAGCACGAUGCAAUUCUAGCUCGCAAAGAAGGCUUCUUCGCGACUGUCACUAGCUGGAACACGAGGAAUAAGCAGUCGCGAAAAGAACGCAAAGAGGAACACCGGAGACGUCAAUUCCAUAUUCCUGGAAAAGUCAAGGAGCGCAAGACGUGUAUACAGGAUGAAUUGACCGAUCUCACUCGAACCUUCAACGAGAUGUCGGACGAGCUUAUGAUGCAGUACGAACGUCUGGAAGAAAGAGUGAAACAACGCACGGCCGAACUCGAACUCAGCAAGAAGGCUGCCGAAGCCGCUAAUGAGAGCAAAACGCUCUUCAUCGCCAACAUCUCGCACGAACUCAAAACACCCCUGAACGGCAUCUUGGGCAUGUGCGCCGUUUGCAUGCAAGAAGAGGACCCAACGAAGCUCAAGAGAUCUUUGGGCAUCAUCUACAAGAGUGGUGACCUUCUUCUCAACCUUCUUACGGAUCUUCUCACCUUUAGCAAAAACCAAGUCGGUCAGCAACUGAGUCUUGACUCGAAAGAGUUCCGACUACGCGAAGUCAGCUCCCAGGUGCUGGCCAUUUUUGACAAACAGGCCAAGGAAGGACAAAUCACUCUGCGCGUUGAAUUUCAAGGUGCUGAUGCAAUGAAUGGUAUAAUAUUCAACGCAGACGAGGAGCGUACUCAAUAUGGUCCCGCUGGCACUGGACGCGUCAAAGACAUGAUUCUUUGGGGAGAUGUCCAUCGCAUCCUGCAGGUCGUCAUCAACCUUGUAUCGAACAGUCUGAAGUUUACGCCAGCUGGCGGCUCAGUUGUUCUCAUCGUCCGCUGUACGGGUGAAGCAGAGAACAGUAGUCGAAAAACGUCUCUUCAAUCUAGAAGCUCGAAACCCAUUUCUAGUAGGCACAAGAACUCUGAUGCAUCGAUUGCUGGACCCUUUGGAGCUCAAAAUUCUGCCACCGCCAACCAAAUCAACCCUUACCGCGAAAGAUCCGACGCUUAUGCGCAGAUUCUCGCAUCUGAAAGACCGGCAUCUCCACCACCUGGGCGCACUCUUCUAUUCGAAUUCGAGGUCACAGAUACAGGACCGGGUAUUGCAGAACACCUUCAGCAAAGAAUAUUCGAGCCGUUCGUGCAAGGUGAUCUUGCUUUGAGCAAAAAAUUCGGUGGUACUGGUCUAGGAUUGAGUAUCUGCUCGCAGCUGGCCACACUCAUGAAGGGGACUAUUGAGUUGGACAGCGAAUUGGGACGCGGCAGCACGUUUACUAUGCGCAUUCCUCUUCGACACAUUGUAACAAGAUCUGACAGUACCGCAAGUUCGGUCGUUGGUAACAGCAACGACGUCGGAUCAGGACUUGAAGGCUCUCGCUCGCCACAGCGGGUGAGCCAGCUUAUUACCGAUGAUGCUCUAUCACACCGAUCAGGGCAUUCGCAUACUAGUGUUGGACAAUCGCCAACGGUCGUUCAGGCUCAACCUCCAAACACUCAGGACUACUCUCGGGAUGCACAGCCUCGCUUGGUCGGUCUCAGUCAGCCUUACUUUUCAUCCAAUCAAGCCAUGGAGUCUCCUGGAUCUCAAGCAGCAGCGAUGGAGAAGAUCACCAAGGAUGCCGAGGAGACUGGCAAGAUUCGGGUGCUUGUUGCGGAGGACAACAAGGUGAACCAAGAGGUUGUUUUGCGCAUGCUCAAGCUUGAGGAUAUUUAUGAUGUGACUGUUGCAAAGGAUGGUCAGGAAGCCUUGGAUUUCGUCAAGGAGAGCAUGACCACUCCUGGUCGUCACCCUUACAACCUUAUCUUUAUGGAUGUUCAGAUGCCUAACCUCGACGGUCUGCAAUCAACGCGACUCAUCCGUGAGAUGGGUUAUGAUGCUCCUAUCGUUGCCCUCACCGCAUUUGCUGAGGAGAGCAACGUGAAGGAUUGUCUUGACUCGGGCAUGAACUACUUCCUCAGCAAGCCAAUCCGACGACCGGCUCUCAAGAAGGUGCUCAAAGAGUAUUGUCCUCCCAUCAUUGAGGUAGAUGAAGAUGUCAGUCCCUCGACAGAAAAGGCCCAACCCAAGCUCAAGCCCAAGGCAAAGCCCGCACUGAAGCAAGAAUCGCCGGUACGGAGUCAAUCACCACCGCCGCGACCAAUGUCUCCUGCAAUCUCGGUACAUUCAGUCGGUAACUCAAGGAACAGGACUACGAUUGUGAACACAAGCUCCAGGCCUGGCUCACUUGACCUCCCUCCUCAGCGAUUCUCUGGCGAACACUAA